AUGAAAUAUACGGUAUACGACCGCCUGCUGAAGCGGGAAGUCGGGCAGCAGCGCAAGAAAUACACGGACAUUCGAGGAAUAUAUGGCGAUAGACAAUGGGUUGAGGAUAUGGAUAUUGUGGAUGAGCUUGAAGGACACCACGGAUGUGUCAAUGCCUUGAGCUGGUCUACAUCUGGGCGUCUACUCGCCUCGGGCUCAGAUGACCACCGCAUCAAUAUCCACUCGUACCACCCCGAGUCGUCAACCUCGCAAUUCAGUCUCACAACGUCUAUAGUGACGGGUCAUCGGUCCAACAUCUUCUCCGUGAAGUUUAUGCCAUAUUCCAACGAUCGAACAAUCGUAUCGGCGACGGACGAUGUGCGGAUAUUCGACAUUGAACACUCAGGACACUCAGCCCUCGGUUCGGGCAGCAGGUCGAAUAAUGGCAGGCGCCGCAUGGGCAUGGCACCUGACGGGCUCACGCUCACAGAAGGAGAUACCAAUGCGAAGGCGUUCAGCUGCCAUACCGAUACAGUGAAGCGAAUCGUGACUGAGGACAACCCCUUCUACUUCCUUACCUGCUCGAAUGACGGCGAUGUGCGACAGUGGGACGUCAGACAACCCUCGAAAGCCUACCCGCAAGCGAGAGACACCAUGUUACCACAGUGGGCAAGGGACACAGACGCCUCGGACAACGUACCGCCACCACUAAUAUCCUAUAGCCGCCAUGGACUAGACCUUAACACGGUGUCUUGUUCUCCAUCGCAGCCACAUUACAUUGCACUUGGUGGUGCUCACCUCCACUGCUUUCUUCACGAUCGGCGUAUGCUAGGUAGAGAUAGGAACAAUGAGCGCGGCUCUAGGCUUUCAAGUCCAGGGAACGGGAGCGAGCACGAUGAUGCAUUGUUAGGCAAGGCGACACAGUGUGUGAAGAAAUUCGCGCCCAAUGGCAAGCAGCGUAUGAAGCGGAACGAUAGUGGUCACAUCACGGCGUGCAAGAUUAGUGACGCGUAUCCGAACGAGCUCAUUGUGAGUUGGUCACAAGAUCAUAUCUAUGGUUUUGAUAUGCUGCGAGCACCCGAUACGAGUGAAGAAGUCAAGCGGACGAAUGUGUCCAACGGAGAUCCCAGUCAUCGCGUCAAGGACCAGAAUCGGAAACGCAAGCGACCCAAGUCGGGCAUCUUGUCGCAAGAAGGUUCCCAGAGGGCAGAGUCACGGCAACGUACAGAGAGCUCCGAUGAAGAUCUCGCCCUCAGAGUGACCUAUGGGAACGGUCAGAGUGAAGAUAUUCGCAUCGAGGCCCCGGCCGAGACGCGCAUGUCGCGCGAAGAACUAAAUGAGCUACGAUCAACGGAUCAUUACCGUAUAGCAAAGACUACUGUGACAAUAGCGAAGCGCAUGUUCGAUCUGGGUGAGCAUGGUGAAACUGGACUGAGGCUAGCUUUCACAUCCAUUCUGGGCUUUGCGAACUCGAUACUGUCAGACAUUGAUGAUAUAGCUCGGACUUGGGGAUACCCUGUCGACCCAAAUCCAGUUGAUGUCGCAGUGCAGAACAAGUUACGCGAUGGCCGUGCAGCAUCGCGUCGCUUUGUUCAGGCUGCUGGAACACUUGCGCGAGUGAUGGGCGGACAGCUACUGACUGGAGCAAAUUCGGAUGCACUCAUAUCUCAGCAUUUCGCUUCGAUACAACCUGCUCCAAGGGAACGAGAACUACCUCGCCAUGAACAAUUUGGAUAUGAUUUUCUAAAAGCAAUUCUACUCUGGCUCGACAGUGGACCUGGCGCAGUUGUCGAAGGGUUCUCAGGCCGCAGUAGUGGUCCUCGUCUCCCUAUCCCAUGGGACGCCGACAUUGACUCCAUUGACGAACAUCUUAUCCCCUAUCUACUCGAACUUGCCAGCGAUGAUCCUAUCGUGAACGUAGACGUCUCUAGGUUUGAGACAGACGAAACCCGGAUCCUCGUAUCCUCAGAAAAGGAAGCUGUCCUGGCUUUCUCUCACGCGCUCAGACUCCCCUUUGCUGAUUUAACUGGUGCCAUGGUACCUACAUCGGGGGACACCCCCGCUCACAACCUUGGGCAGGAUCGAACUACAGCGAAGAGGAAAUGGGCUUUUCAAAUUGGAAGAGGCGUGUUACUCAGUGCUGCCAAGGAUAUCAAAUUUGCCUUUGUCGACCGCGCAUUUGGCGGUCGUGGGAUUUCGGACAAUAAGAUCAAAGCUCAGGAACAAGCCCUUAGGGAGCAACAGGAGGAUAUUGAUACAUUAGAUGAUGAAGGUCCAGUUGUCGAUGCAGAGCUCAUUCGUCGAGCUUCGGUACAAUCAGGAAGUGAGCAGGCGGAGUCAUCUUCGACCUCGUCCACGGCCAGUGGAUCACAACCAAUUAUAACCGCAACGGUGGAAGAGGACGAUACGGAAGGUAGAGAAGAGGAAGAUGAUGAAGACACUGAUGGUGAUAUUAGCUCCGAAGAGGAAGACGACGAUCAAUCUGACGAUGACGAUGACGACGAGGAAGGCUUACGGCGGACACGAAGUGGUCGCAUGUUUUGGCGCUCAGACUUUGGGCGAAGUCGGUACGAGAGAGAAAAAGCAGACCUUGAUGUGCUCUGUGCACCCCAUACUCGCAUUUACACCGGCCAUUGUAAUGUCCAAACAGUCAAGGAUGUCAACUACUUCGGCCUACAAGACGAGUAUGUAGUAAGCGGAAGCGAUGAUGGGAAUGUCUUCGUGUGGGAUCGCAAGACGGCACAGCUCGUCACUAUUCUCGAGGGUGACGGCGAGGUUGUCAACGUCGUCCAAGGACACCCCUACGAACCAACAAUGGCCGUCUCCGGCAUCGAUCACACCAUCAAGAUUUUCUCUCCGGACACUCGCCUUCAACGUAAUGCACGUAAAGGCAUCGGAACCCAAUCCUCUGACCCGCAUUCCUUUUCCAGUCUCAACUGGGCCCGCAACCGCCGGAACCGAGACCAAGCUCCUGGUUCGGAACCCGACCCCCCAGCUGAGGCGCUCAGCGAUAGCGACGAAGAAGUCGCAGUGAACGGACUAAGCAGUAGGAAGAGGAUGCACCAGGCGUAUCAGAUUACGAGUAAAAAUGAUAUGGACCGGAAAGGCGGGAGAGAGGAUUACUUUAUCAGCCAGGCGGUGUUUGCGCAGCUUGCUAGGCAUAUUGCUGCACAGCAAGGUGGUGGAACUGGCGAUGGUGGCGGUGACGGGGAGGGAGGAGAAAGAGCCGACGGUCCAGUUGUGAUCACGGAGGAGAACUGCACUGUUAUGUGA